AUGCUGGAGGAGAUCAGCGCCCUGCUCUCGAAGCUCAAUGGCAGCCUUCGAUCUCUAAAGAUUUCGGAUAUGGGAAACAGCAGUCUGAAAAAGGCACUAGAUGAAGUAGCUUUGCCGCCAUUGCUGCUCUGCAAGAUCGAGAUAGGUUGCAGACUUGGCGAAUUGCCUCCUUGGUUUGCAUCUCUGAAGCAUGUUGUCAAGAUAACUCUGUUCAGGGCACAACUGCAGCUGGAGGAUCUACAAGUCUUAAGAAAUCUCCCCGCUUUGGUCAACCUGAACCUAAGAGGUGAGUCAUUCGUUUAUAAUGGUGAGAAUUUGGUCUUCGAUCGGGAAGGGUUCGCACAACUUAAGUUGCUGACAAUUGUACGGGACAAUGUGAGUUUCAAAGAAGGUGCAGUCCGAAGCCUCGAAAUCCUUAAAAUAUUUUAUCCCUCUAAAUCAGUCAAUGGCAUAGAACAUCUGCAUGGGCUAAAGGAGGUUCACAUUCAGACUGAGAAUGAUGAUAUAAUUGAGAUGGUCAAAAAUAUUGCAGCAAACCACUCAAAUCGUCCCAAAUGUUUUGCAAAACUACUCAAGUCUGCUUAA